AUGCUGAAACAUGUGCUCAAAAGCACUUUGCUGAAAUGGCGUGCGAACGCAUUUAACGGUACUCUCACGUUUGGCAGGUCUGUGAUGACCCGCCCAACGGUAACUCUCAAUGGCACCUCUACGACCUUUAGACACAUGGCCCAGUCGGGUUCGUCACUCAAAAGGAAUAUGCACUCCAGUGCCAUCCUCAGACAGGCUGAGGCCGCUGUCAAGAAACAGCCAGCAAAAAACCUCCUGAACUCAUCGAAAACAGUUGGAUACUGGCUCGUGGGGACAUCGGGUCUGGUCUUUGGUAUUGUCGUGUUAGGUGGAUUAACAAGACUCACUGAGUCCGGUUUGAGCAUCACCGAGUGGAAACCUGUGACAGGAACAAUUCCGCCUUUAAAUGAAAAAGAAUGGCUCGAGGAAUUUGCCAGAUAUAAAAACUCUCCCGAAUUUCAACAGCUGAACUCACACAUUGAUCUAGAUGAAUUCAAGUUUAUUUUCUUCAUGGAGUGGGUUCACAGAUUGUGGGGUCGUGCAAUUGGCGCGGUUUUUGUGCUGCCAGCGGUGUACUUCGCUGUGGCUAAAAAGGCUUCACCUCGUGUGAAUAGACGUGUUUUCUCAUUAGCAUGUUUGCUUGGCUUCCAAGGGUUUAUUGGAUGGUGGAUGGUAAAAUCUGGCCUUGAUCAAGAACAGCUUGAUGAAAGAAAGUCGAAGCCAACGGUGUCUCAAUAUAGAUUAACGACCCAUCUAAGCGUUGCCUUUCUACUGUAUCUCGGUAUGCUGUGGACUGGUAUUGAGGUUCUAAAGGAGGCAAAGUGGGUGAGAAACCCGACAAAGGCUUUGUCUGAAUUCACUAAACUUGACAAUCCUGCGUUAAAACCCUUGAGGAGAACCUCCUUGGGCUUGUUGGCGUUGACCUUUGUCACUGCGAUGAGCGGAGGACUUGUCGCCGGACUAGAUGCUGGACUAAUUUACAACACCUUUCCCCAUAUGGGAGAUAACUGGCUCCCUAGUCAAAGAGAGCUUUUUGAUGAAACUUAUGCUAGAAAAGAAGACACCGGCGAUUUGUUUUGGAGGAAUUUGCUUGAAAAUCCUACCACGGUCCAACUGAACCACAGAAUUCUGGCUACGACAACGUUCUUCAGCAUAUUGGGGUUGCAUAUGUGGGUCAACAGGAGAAAGCAUAUUCUACCUAAAAAUGCGGUCAAAUCAAUGCACACAAUGAUGGGAGUCGUAUCCUUACAAGUGACUCUAGGCAUCUUUACCCUAUUAUAUUUGGUUCCGAUUCCACUGGCCUCGCUACACCAAGCAGGAGCAAUUGCUUUGUUGACUAAUGCUCUAGUUUUCGCUUCGCAGUUGCGGAAGCCACGAGUUCCAAUGAGAAUUUUGGUGAGCGGAUUGUCCACCAAAGUUGUGCAAAAGCCCAACAGCAGUAUACUUGUGGAAGCUGCUAGAUCAGCCAAAUAG